CCAGUUCCGAGUCCACGAGUCCAGAUCAGCCUGAGACGACGUGAGCGCCACGGUUGUCCAGCUUGACUGGGAGGUUGCGAGAUUGUCGUGGACAGCCGACACUUCCAAAUGUACAUUCCUCCACGACAAGCCAUCCGGAUCACGACGCUAUGAACCACGGCAGCAGCGGCGCAGCGAGCAACGCGACCUCGUGCGAGGUGUCGAUGCUCUGGAACUGGAACACUGUCGACACCUGCGUCCUCGCAAGCGGAUGGCACAUCACAGGCCGUGGCCUCUUCGCUGUGACGUGCAUCGGCGUGGCCGCCAUGGCGAUGCUGCGCGAGUGCGUGCUUCACCUCUGCGUGCGCUACGACCAUCUCGUCAAGCGGCAGCUGUCGCGGCGGUACGCCGCAGGCCGCGUUGCGCCGUGGGCGCCGGCGCGCGCCACGCCGCUGCAGCAGCUCCUCCGCGCCGUCCUGCAUGUGGGAAGCACGGCGCUCGGCUUCCUCCUCAUGCUCAUCCUCAUGAGCUUCAAUGGGUACAUUUUCGUGAGCGUGCUCCUCGGGCAUGGGAUGGGCAAGUACUUCUGCGACUGGGUCACGAUCCACAAGGAUCCGCGAUGGGAGCUGCCGCCACCGGCGACGAGCGAGGCGCGGGCUGAGCAGUGGAAGGAAAAACCUUCUGAGUGCUCUACGGCAUCCACACCAACAGAGCAGAAGCAGGCGUGUGUAUAGGUCAUGUAUUUUGUUGUCUGCGCG